UAUUACCUAAAUCGAUCCAAUGUUGACGGUUCACUGCACCGCCAGAGAGAUCGCCGACGCCGCCUGGUCCCGCCGCUGCGACGGCUGCCGGACGGCGGCGUCCGCCGUCUACUGCCGCGCCGACCUGUCCUACCUAUGCGCCGCCUGCGACGGCCGCGUCCACGGCGGCGGCGCCGCCGCCGGACACGAGCGGGUAUUAAUAUGCGAGGCCUGCGAGCGUUCGCCGGCGGCGUUCGUCUGCAAGGCCGACUCGGCGUCGCUCUGCGCCGCCUGCGACGCCGACGUCCACUCGGCGAAUCCCCUGGCUCGCCGCCACCACCGCGUCCCGAUUUCGCCGAUCCCCGCCGGCGGCGGAGCCGCAAGCCCUAGCCGGCUAAUAAUCGGACGGCCAGGAGAAGGCCACGACGACGGAUUUCUGACCGUCGAUGGGGAGAACAGCAGCUGCAGCGGUGGCGACGACGACGAAACGGCGGCGUCGUGGCUGCUUUUCGGCGCCGGCGCCGACGACGAUAAGGCCGUGUUUGGCUCGGAAGUCGAUGAUUACUUCGAUUUGGACGAUUACACCGACGGAAAUCCGUUCAGCUGCGAAUACACCAAACAGGAUCAAUACAGCUCCGACAGCGUGGUUCCGAUUCAGUUUCAGAGCGGAAAUGAUUGGCAUCAAUUGGCUUCAAUGGUGCCGGAAUCCGCCAUGGCUGAGAGCUCCAUGAUUUCUCACACUAGGGCUUCGAAGGGCACAAUUGACCUAUUUUCGGGCCCUCCGGUCCAGGCCCCGGCUCAGCUGUCGACGAUGGACAGGGAGGCCCGGGUGCUGAGGUACAGGGAGAAGAAGAAGAACAGGAAGUUCGAGAAGACGAUACGGUAUGCAUCGAGAAAAGCGUAUGCCGAAUCCCGGCCGAGGAUCAAAGGCCGGUUCGCGAAAAGAACCGAAGUGGACCGGCCGUUUUCUAAAUCAAUGAAUGCAUACGGCGUCGUUCCGUCCUUUGAAAUGUGUUAAAAGCAUUGAGCUACGUAUAUGUAUGUGCAUAUGUAUUAUGUGUGUAUUGGUGAUGUAAAUUAUCAAUUUAUAUAUAGUGUUGGUAUAAUUAUGUGUAAAUUUUUUGAUGAAUUGUUGUUUCGUUUGUAAAUUGAGAAAUUCAUUUGAUUUUUCAUAAUGGAGGAAUAUAUAAUUCAUUUUGAUA